CUCGGGUGGUGGGCGAUGGGCGUCAGGCGAGGAGGCUGGCGUUAGCCGAGUGCGGGCGCUGCGGAAAGAAGUACUUUUCAUGAACCAGACUAUCCAUUGUUGAAGUAGAAAAUCAAGCAUCAGUCAUCAUGCCUGCUGUAGCUUCAGUUCCUAAAGAACUCUACCUCAGUUCUUCACUAAAAGACCUCAAUAAGAAGACAGAAGUUAAACCUGAGAAAACCAGCACCAAGAAUUACGUACACAGUGCUCAGAAGAUCUUCAAGGCAGCAGAAGAAUGCAGACUAGAUCGUGAUGAGGAAAGGGCCUAUGUGCUUUAUAUGAAAUAUGUGGCCGUUUAUAAUCUUAUUAAAAAAAGACCUGACUUCAAGCAACAGCAGGAUUACUAUCAUUCCAUACUUGGACCUGCAAACAUCAAAAAAGCUGUUGAAGAAGCUGAAAGACUCUCCGAGAGCCUUAAACUGAGAUACGAAGAGGCUGAAGUUCGGAAAAAACUGGAAGAAAAGGACAGACGGGAGGAAGAGCAGCUGCAGCAGCAGAGAAAGCAGGAGGCGGGGAGAGAGGACAGUGGAGCGGUGGCCAGACGCUCCUUGGAGAAUGUGUCGGAUUCCAAAAACAAAACUCAAAGGGUCAGCGGUGAGAAGAGUGAGAAGGGCGGAGCUGCUGAGAGAGGAGCAAUCACAGCAAAGGAACUGUAUACAAUGAUGAUGGAUAAAAACAUCAGCUUGAUUAUAAUGGAUGCUCGAAAAAUACAGGAUUAUCAGCUUUCCUGUAUCUCAGAUUCUCUCAGUGUUCCUGAAGAAGCUAUCAGUCCAGGAGUUACUGCUAGUUGGAUUGAAGCAAAACUCUCCGAUGAUUCUAAAGACACUUGGAAAAAGCGAGGGAGCGUGGACUAUGUGGUGCUGCUGGACUGGUUCAGUUCCGCGGAAGAUCUGCUGCUGGGGACCACUCUGCGGAGUCUGAAAGACGCACUUUUCAAGUGGGAAAGUAAAACUAUCCUGCGCCAUGAGCCUUUGGUGUUGGAGGGAGGCUAUGAAAACUGGCUUCUUUGCUAUCCGCAGUAUACAACAAAUGCUAAGGUCACUCCACCCCCUCGAAACAAAACUGAAGAGGUGUCUGUCUCAUUGGAUUUUACUUAUCCCUCACUGGAAGAACCAGUUCCUCCCAAACUCCCUGCCCAGAUGCCUACUCCACCUAUAGCAGUAGAUGAAAAUGCAGAGUUGGUAAUUGGUCAAGAUGAAAAGCCAAGACUACUGAGCCUGUCAGCUCUAGCUGGACCGAGUGCUGUCCCCAGAGCCGAAGCUUCACCCAUAAUUCAGCCAGUGCCUGCUACAAAGACUGUUCCACAGGUUGAUCGUACGAAAAAACCAGUGGUGAAGUUGCCUGAAGGUCAUAGAAUAAAAUCUGAAGAUACAGAUCAGAGCGGAAAAGUUCUUCCUGACCGUUCCACCAAGCCAGUGUUUCCCCCUCCAACUGCCAUGUUAACAGAUGAAGAAAAGGCCCGUAUUCAUGAAGAAACUGCCCUCCUCAUGGAGAAAAACAAGCAGGAGAAGGAGCUUUGGGAAAGGCAGCAGAAGGAGCAGAAAGAGAAGCUGAGGAGAGAGGAACAGGAGCGCACAGCUGGAAAGAUCGAGGACUCGGAGGAACAUGACGUCAGUGAGGAUCAGCCAAAGGACGGCGGCCUGGAGGAGAGAAACAGCAAACAGACCAAGACAGAAGAAAAAGAGCCCUCUGCAGAUCGCGGUGAGGAAGCCACGGGAACGAAAAGACAGAGUAAGCGUGAACAUGAGGCUUCUGAUGCCAAGAUGUCUGUGGAGGGUAAAAGGUGUCCCGCAUCAGGAGUGCAGAAGAGGCCAGCAGAUGUGUCCCCUGCACCUGUGUCGGGAGAGCUGAGUGCAAGCAAGGCUCAACGAGAACCUUUGACAAGAGCUCGAAGUGAAGAGAUGGGGAGAAUUGUACCAGGAUUGCCUGCAGGCUGGGCUAAGUUUCUUGAUCCAAUCACUGGAACCUUCCGUUACUAUCAUUCACCCACCAACACGGUUCAUAUGUACCCACCUGAGAUGGCUCCUUCGUCGGUCCCACCUUCCACCCCUCCAACUCACAAAGUCAAGCCCCAGAUCCCAGCUGAGCGCGACAGGGAGCCAUCUAAGCUGAAGCGUUCCUACUCCUCUCCAGACAUCACGCAGGCCCUGCAGGAGGAGGAAAAGAGGAGGCCAGCAGUGACCCCGACAGUCAACCGGGAAAACAAACCUAAAGCUGAGAUCUCGAGGCUUUCUGCUUCUCAGAUUCGGAACCUCAAUCCUGUGUUUGGAGGAUCUGGACCAGCUCUUACUGGACUUCGUAAUUUGGGAAAUACUUGUUACAUGAACUCAAUAUUGCAGUGUCUGUGUAACGCUCCACACUUGGCUGAUUAUUUCAACCGAAACUGCUACCAGGAUGAUAUCAACAGGUCAAAUUUGUUGGGGCAUAAAGGUGAAGUUGCAGAAGAAUUUGGUAUAAUCAUGAAAGCACUGUGGACAGGACAGUAUAGAUACAUCAGUCCAAAAGACUUUAAAGUCACCAUUGGGAAGAUAAACGACCAGUUUGCAGGGUCCAGCCAGCAAGAUUCACAGGAACUGCUUCUGUUCCUCAUGGAUGGCCUCCACGAGGAUCUAAAUAAGGCUGACAACCGGAAGCGGCAUAAGGAAGAGAACAACGACCACCUGGAUGACCUGAGAGCAGCCGACCAUGCUUGGCAGAAGCACAAACAGCUCAACGAGUCCAUUAUUGUGGCGCUUUUCCAGGGUCAGUUCAAGUCCACAGUGCAGUGCCUCACCUGUCACAAGAAGUCUCGCACAUUUGAGGCUUUCAUGUAUUUGUCUCUGCCACUCGCGUCCACAAGUAAAUGCACAUUACAGGACUGCCUUAGAUUAUUUUCCAAAGAAGAAAAGCUCACAGAUAACAAUAGAUUUUACUGCAGCCAUUGCCGAGCUCGGCGGGACUCUCUGAAGAAGAUAGAGAUCUGGAAAUUGCCACCUGUGCUGUUGGUACACCUAAAGCGAUUCUCCUACGAUGGCAGGUGGAAGCAGAAGCUGCAAACAUCUGUGGACUUCCCACUAGAAAAUCUCGACUUGUCACAGUAUGUUAUUGGUCCGAAGAACAGUUUGAAGAAAUAUAACUUGUUUUCUGUUUCAAACCACUACGGCGGGCUGGAUGGAGGCCACUACACUGCCUACUGUAAAAACGCAGCCAGGCAGCGCUGGUUUAAGUUUGAUGAUCAUGAAGUUUCUGAUAUUUCUGUGUCUUCUGUCAAGUCCUCAGCAGCCUAUAUCCUCUUUUAUACUUCAUUGGGACCACGCAUAACUGAUGUAGCCACAUAAAGAGGUGUAGGUUACAGGCGUGUUGAUGUUUUCAAACCACAGCGGCACAUCUCCUAAUGCUUACAGAGAUAACGGGUCACUGCAACUGGCUAUGUAGAGGAACUCCAGAAUACCUGGGGGCUGUGUUACUAGCACCAUAUAAUCAGGUCAGUGCUGUUUAUCAAAGAAAACAAAAAACUGAGAUUUAACAAGUAUCAUAGUAAGCAUCGCUUACAGAUAUCAUUUAUUUCAAAACUUUUUUAGUCUGCCCCAAAGUUAAAAAUAAUUCAUUAGCCAGACAUUUAUUCUUCUAUUGGUAUCAAACUGUUGUAGCUCUCAUUUUCCUAUCCACUGCUAUAGCCUUUUCUCAUUUCUAGUCUGAAUAUUCUAGAAUGACCUAACGCAGAUAGGAAUGUAUAUGUACAUAUUUAUUGCACUCUUGCACAUCAGAUCGCUGUAUAUAGUUAACAUAUCCUUCUGUGAAAAGCCUAGAAAGGAGUGUUUGUUUCUUUGGGCCUUUUCUAGGUAGCUGCAGUGCUUUCUUGGGGAAAUGACAGGACAAAACUAUUUUUCUGUUGGCUUCAGGCUGUAUUUGUGCACUAAAUCUUUAUUCUAAAAAAGAAAAAAAAUGGAAACUUUAAUUUUUUAAGAAGAAUUCAUUUACAUCUACAUUAAAAUCUUAAUGAAAAAGAA